GAAGUGCCCAUCGCACAACUAAGAACUUUACACAGCAACUCAGGAGAAACGAAAUGAUCUGCCCUGGAGCCGCAGCAAAAUGCUGGAUGGACACCUACUCCUGGGAUGGUUAUCAUUCACAGUUAUAGUCCUCCUUAUCAGCUUGCCUGGACAAACCACUGCUAAUUUCGGACUGACGGGUACGGAACCCCUGUCCAUCUUGCCCCUGAGCUCAGAACCUGAGGAGACGUUGGGCAAGGCACACUACAAGCUUUGUGACCGGCUGAAGUUGGACAAGAAGCAGAGAAGGAUGUGCCGGCGGGACCCUGGGGUAGCUGAGACCCUGAUGGAGGCCAUUAGCAUGAGUGCCCUGGAGUGCCAGUACCAGUUCAGAUUCGAGAGGUGGAAUUGCACCUUGGAGGGGCGCUACCGAGCCAGUCUGCUCAAAAGAGGGUUCAAGGAGACGGCCUUCCUGUUUGCCAUUUCAUCGGCAGGGCUGACUCACGCCAUGGCUAAGGCAUGUAGUGCAGGCCGCAUGGAGCGUUGCACCUGUGACGAGGCCCCUGACCUGGAGAACAGGAAGGCAUGGCAAUGGGGCGGCUGUGGGGACAAUCUCAAGUAUAGCAACAAAUUUGUCAAGGAGUUCCUGAGCAAGAAGUCUUAUAAGGACCUGCGUGAGCGAAUGAACAUGCACAACACUAAUGUGGGAAUGAAGGUGAUCAAAGCCGGGGUGGAGACAACCUGCAAGUGCCAUGGAGUGUCAGGCUCCUGCACAGUCCAAACAUGCUGGAGGCAGCUCUCUCCCUUCCAUGAGAUUGGCAAGCAGCUGAAGCAGAGAUACGAGACCUCACUCAAAGUGGGGAGCUCCACUAAUGAGGCCACAGGGGAAGGAGACAUCUCGCCUGCCAGGGCUCAGCCCUCCCCAGGCCACAGUGAUCAGAUCCCCAGGACCAUGGACCUCAUCCACAUUGAGGACUCACCUAGCUUUUGCAGGAUGAGCAAAUACUCCCCGGGCACCUCGGGGAGAAAAUGCUAUAAGGACAAGAACUGUGACAGCAUCUGCUGUGGUCGAGGUCACAAUACCCAGAGCCGAGUGGUAACCAGGCCGUGUCAAUGCCAGGUGCGCUGGUGCUGCUAUGUGGAAUGCAAGCAGUGCACACAGAGAGAGGAGGUAUAUACCUGUAAAGAGUAGCAAAGAAGCUCACUCCCCUUCCCCAUUCUGGACAGGACUGAGAAUGGGCUAAUCAGCUGUCUUAAAUUGAGAAACUUCUCCUUACAGACACAAAAACCGGGGGUUAGAGGCAUUACGCAACCAGCUGAUAUAGAACUAUAUAAGCACUUUGAGAAGUUUCCACAAGUUGUUAUGAGAUGUCCAUCAGUUUGGUCGCAGUCCUCAAGCGAGAGUGACCUUGUUGAGAGAAUCUGUGACAGGGGACGCUCAGAUUGAGGGAAAAUGACACUCUCUCACUCCAUCUCCCAUAUCCCUCAAGGGCAACGGGAACAAAUGCAGUUGAAUCCAGUCAUGGGUCAUGUUGGCCCUGAAUAGAGGGAUCAUGGUUUAUAUCUAGCAUUUAGCAUGGGAAAAGUGUCAAAGACCAAACAAUAUCGUUGAACGGGAAUGCUGGCUAAUGCUUUGGUGGAAACUAACUCUGACUGGAAUGUACAGGUGAGGGAAAAGAGGAAUUUAACGAAUUGAAGGUGCUCAAGAUAACUAAAGAAAGAAACUGUGUGACGCAACAGGGUAUAUUAAUAAAUAUACAUUUUAGAUUUACCACUUUUUAAAUAUAAGAAAAAACCACUAGCCACACAAACUACUGGAGUUUUUGUGCGGUCUUUGACAAGGCAUUUUGGAAAAGCAAUUAAUCUCAUGCUCUCUCUUUCUCUCUUUGUGGAAAUAAUUUAUGGAACUAAGGUGUAGUUUUGUUCAACUGUAAUUAAGACCAGUGUUGACAUUUUCUGUCAUAAAAACACAACUUUGUGACUACUCCUUUAUGUGCAAAUUACACAGAUUAUAAAAUUUAUUUUCCUCUGACUUGUUUUAGUGCUUCUGAAUGCCAUUGUAGGAGGAUACUAGUACACAUAUGUAUUUAAUUUUAAUGCCAGUCAACUUUAAGGCUGUUCUUUAGCCUGAAACUCACAAAUUCAUAUUCAGGGAUUGACUGAAACCACUAUGUUUGGACUCCGUGCUAAACUAAGCUAUGGCAACACUGGGAAGGAAUCAAACAUUGAGGGACAAAUGAUCUAACUUCAGUGGGUUUUAAGGUCUACAGCAGUGGCAUCAAUGGGUCCUGUAUGAUUUUACCUCAUGAUAAGGAUCUUAAGUACAUUGUUAAUUACACCCCACUGGCUGUCAACUGAGUGCUGAAUAUUUUUCCAGCAAUCAGAUAGCAAUUAGAUAGCAACCAUACCAUGUUCUGACAUCUCUCAGUUUGAGAGGAAAAGUGUCAUUGGUAUACAGAUGUAUACAGUAGUCUUCCAUUACACAACACAAGUGGGUUUAGGGACGGAUGUUCAGUUUAUAGCCUAUGGGCUAGUAUAAGGUAUUUUCUGCCUUGUUUGAAUGCUGAGGUUUUUGGCCUGGUUCUGUGGUAUGCCAGUCUUCUUGUGUUAAAAAAGGACUGUAGUUUUCAAAAAAGCAAAUUAAAGAGUGAAACAACUAGAGCACAGAAUGUUCCUUCAGUCAUGUCAUUCAAUUAUCAUCCUUUUUAAAGGCCAUAUCAAAACUGUAGCCCAAGAUAGGUAAAAGAAUGCUAGGAUAUAUUAUAUAUGAGGGUUCUGAAAGAGAUUUUAAGAGAUAAAACCAAAUUAAACAUUCAAAUUAUUUUUUUGUCCCAGAAAUACCAGAGACCUGUCUUUAUACUGUUAUUUCAAUUUGGCAUUGAAAUCAAAUUACAAGUGAAAAGUUAAAGUAUUUUUUAAAUUGUAGUGAAAAAUUGGUAUUUUGUAGCAUGCUUAGAUUUUGGAUUAUAAGGAGUGUUUUUGCUCCUUAUAAUGACUACAACAUAUUUUCCCUUGAUUUUCACAUCUUUCUAAGCAAUUACUAUGUGGUCACAAGCAAAACAUAUGAUGUAAGGGACAGGUGUUGCAGCUGCUUAUUUGGUUGGUUUUUGAACUCUUUGCUGUUAACUAACAAAAGAGCUAGUUACCAGUGUUGGCAGAAAGUCAGAAAUUCAUAACACUUUGGUAUAAAAUUUCUAGCAUGUCAAACACAAAGCAUGUCAUAGAAUAGUGAGGAAAAGAGUUCUUAGAAAGAGCAGGCAAUGCUAAAACCAAUGCAAAAACAAAUUCAGCUGUAAGAAAAAAAUCACCAUCAAAAAGUCAUCGUAAUCAUUGUGCUUUUAAUACCACAUUAUUGUAGCAACAUUUUUACUUGCCAGUCAGCCAGUUUAUUUUUCCGGAGGGGAAUUCCUGAUUGUUUAAGGCCAGUUUUUCCAUUUUUCCCAUGGGCAGUUUUUUUCCUUUUCAUUCCAGUUUUAACAGGAGGCAUUCAAAUUAAGCAGACUUACGUACUGCAAGUUAUGUCAUGACUACAGAACACAAAAUGAGUGUGUGAGUUGGAGUUUGUGUAUGUAUUAUGUGGGAGUAAUCCUUCUAUUUUUAGUAGUUUUAAAUAGGUAUUAACAUGUGCUGUAUCUGUCUUUGCUCUGGUCAGGCCUAAACUAAUGCAGUACCAAUGUGUAUCAGUGAUUCUGACAAGGAAUGGUUUUUAAGCUGCCAUUUUUUUUAACUUACAAGUUGUCUUUGUGAAACCCAUUCAUUGGAACAAAACCAGUGAGGCACCAUUUCUCAAUUUAUCCUGUCCAAGGGCUUUCAGAUGGACUUUGAAAUGAUCACAGUUAUCCUCCCAUUUCAGAAGGGACAUGUUAUCUAGUAAAACUAACCUCUUUAGUAAGGACUAAAACUCUCAAUCUAUAAAUGUACUGAUAAUAUAAUUCAGAGGAUAUCCUGUCCCUAGAUACUAUUGUUUUGAGGAAAAUGAAAAAAAUGAUACAGUGUAUAGUAGCUAUUUCUUAAACAAACUCUAAGGUAGCCAAAAGCGGUCUCCUGCAUACAGUCUUGAUAUUGUCGUUCUGAUAAUUGUUUUCAGAAAAAGAUGCAUUUUUACUUAUUUUAAAAGCUUUAGGAGACUGCAGUUCACCAUAUCUUCUUGGCAAUUCUGACCGACAGAGAAUCUGAGAAAGAACUAUUUCUGAAAAAAACUUUAUUUCACUGAAGGCUGUCUAUACAGUCUCUGUUUUAGUGACGUUUUAAUAUAGGCAUAAAAGAGAAAGUUGUGCAGAAGUGUGGUAACCAAAUUAAUUGAAGUAGUUCUCAAAAAGAUGCCAUCUCUACAUUGUAAAUUCAUGGAAAUUUUCUUAAUUCAUAAUUCAGGUAAUGGACAUAUAGGAUAAUCUAAAUAAACAGAACCUAAAGAACCAAAUAAGUGGAAAUGCUAUAAACUCUUUUGUAAAGGCUCCUCACUAAUUUUAUUCUCUUCUUAACCCCUCAUUCUUUCAGAUAAUCUUUGCAUGAUUUUCAUUUUUCAUAAGGCUAUUGUUAAAAUCACACCUUCUCACAGCCCUAUUCCAAGAGCUAGAAAUUACAGUACAAUCAGUACAAUACACAGGAUGCGUAUCGUAAUCCCACUUAGUACUUCAAUGAAAUGAUAACAUUUUGUUAAUAAGCAUAAUUCUUUUAAGACAGCUGACUGGGGCCUAAAGCUGUGAUUCAGAUGGUUAAAUUAAGAGCGUUUGAGGGUAAGGUUUAGCCUUUGAAAAAAAACUAAAAUGUGCCUCUGGUUAUAUUCAGGUUUGGAGCUAAAUUAAUAUUUAUUUAUUGAAAGCAGCCCAGUGUUUACUGUUACCCUAGUUCACACAUUGUCUAAAGUGGAAAUCCAGAGCAUGCCAAAGUUUAGGAGAAUUACUCAAAACAAAACAUUAGAAUAUUUCCAAAGUAAAUUGACAACAUUAUAACUUUUAACGGUAGCCUUUAAGUAGUGCAAUUUAAACAAAUGAUCCUUUGUGGUCAAUCUAUUUUACUUAAAAAAUUAGCAAACCUAAAAGAGUUUGAUAUGAUGUGAGACAAAGGAGAUGACACUAAUCCAUUAGCCUGACUGUUCCUUGAAGUCUAUUCCAACUAAUUCACAAAAAUCCCCCAAAUAUCUAGACAUACAGUAUGUACUGAGCCAGAAGCUUUGACUCCAAUUGAUUUUUGAAGAUUAAGUUUGAGAAGCAAAUAGUAAAUUCCUUUGUAUUAUUUCUUUAACACAAUGUAAGCCCUGGACUGCAUUAGAAGUCAUUCAUAGGUGACUUCAACCAGUGGUAACUUACUGUAUGUGGUCCAACUAAAGUAAAUCAUCUAGGUUCACUGUUAGUUUUCCUGGGCUUAAGCUUUUUCUGUGUCACCUGCCAGUAAAGUUUAAAGACCGCUCUUCUAAACUUUAUGCACGUGCUUUGGUAUGGGCAUGUGAACAUCCACAUUGAUGCCUUGUUUUAAUUAAGGUCUAAUUGCACACAACUCCAACUUUAGGCCCUGCACUCUGACCCCAAGACUACCCUAGUUACACCCUAUCUAGAUACCAACAUGAACACUGAUUUGCCACAAACGCUAAUCAUCUACCUUUUUAAACAAUCACAUUUUAACAUGUUUUAAAUUAUUUUUUAAGUAUGAGUGACAAAGGAUGGCAUAUGCAAUACCGCCCUACGCCUUUCAAAAACAUUUUAAUUGCAUUUGAUCCUACUUACUAGGCACUUUCAGAGGUUUCAAUAUACUUCCUACAUAAAUACAUGAGAGAGUGGAUGCUCAGCAAUGCUAAGUAACAUUUCAAACAGAGGCCUCCCCUCAGAUCUUGCUCUGUUGAUGUACUGUCAUCCACUGUCAAACGUCCGUACCAGAAAAUUGACACACACUCUAAGUGAGCAAGAAGAUUUACCUGCACAUCCAAGCUUUUUUGUACGUAAAACCGAGUAUAUGACUAUGUUAAAAAAACAGUAUAUAUUAUUAGCAUAUGAAAACAACUGACAAAAUAUAUAGAUAUAUUAUAUAUUAACUUUUUUGUUGUUUUAGGCAAGAGUGAGUGAACUACUGAGUGAGAGACCCUAUAUUGUAAUAUAGCCCCAUUCACGCACUGAAGCCUGAAAGCUUUCUCUUUAAGUAUUUAAAGAACUGUAUUUAUAUAUAAUGUGGACAUAUUGCUUUUUGUGUGUAUUGUAAAUAGUUAAGGUUUAUUCUCCUGUGGUAUACAGACAAGAGUGAGGCACAUGCUUUAAACUCACAGGCAACUUUAGGAGGAUGUUGGGAAGAUGGUGGAGAACAGGGUGGGUGAGGGGUAUUUUGGUGCAACAUUUAUUUUUUAAGCUCCUGUCUGCUUCCAGUCACAAAUAACAGCAACAUCAUAGAUUGUUAAAAUAUCUAAAAAGGUAUAUAUCAAAACAUAAGACAAAAGAAACAGAUAGCACACAGAGGUUAUCUAAUUAUCAUGACUGGUUAAGUGCAAUGGAAAACAUACGCAAACAAUAUUUUAUACCAUUUCCAAAAAGUGGCCUAGUGAAAUGUGAGGGAGAUGUGAUGGAAUACCAGCACAUUCAUGGGUAAAUGUUUGGACACAUUUUUGCAAAACACUAGAAAAUUAGAAUGUUUUUUGAUCACUGUUUAUAUGUAGCAACAAUGACAUAUUGAAUUGUCACAUCAUGUUUGUGAAAAAGAAUGAAAUUUGAAAAACUGUGUUCUGUAAAGGAUUUGAAAACUUUCUUUCAUAUUUGUCAAUUGAAAAUAACAUAUAUAUAAAAAAACUUCACUUUUGUGUGAUCAUGUCCUGGACUGGGAGUACCAGUGUAUAAUGUAUAAUACUUAAUUAGCAUGGCAGGGAAUGAACUGUAAUACUAAUAAACUACAUUAGGCACUGGUAGUGCAUGUACCAGCCUUAAAGAAAAUUACUGCACAACAAGUGCACUAAAGUUGCAUUACAGGGAACAAUGUUCUAGGUGAAAGGGAUUUUGAUUUGCUAUGCCUGUAAUUCGAAUAAGAGAAUUGUCAAAAAGGUAGUGUUUGGAUACAAAACCCAGCCAAUUAAUAUAUAACUCAAUCACUCACUUUCAGAAUGAACAGAGCAUUGAAUGAUAUUUUAAAACCAUAAUGGCUGGGUGCAGACCUUCAACAGAAAUGCCUGCACCACAACUCACAGAUCCACAAAGCAUGUACAUUGUUGCUCGGGCACAGUUUACAGGUUUUGAUUUUGCCUCAAGUUGUGGUUUUACAGAGUCCUCGCAGCAGUACUUUUUGAGUGUUAGAAAAACUACUUCAAUAACUUAAGUCCUCCAAUAAACAGUUUGGUGAUGUUUCAAGUGAAUUAAACAAGCUAAACAAACACCAAACUAAGCACAACCAUUUUCAUUGAACUGAUGUGAAGAGUUUGGGCAACAAACGAUGUCUUCCUUAUUAUGUUUGUUGUAUCCAUUUUCUGUAAUUCUAUUGCAUUCAUCUGAAAAUAUGGUAAUUUCAACAGUUAGACAAGAAAGUCUCUUGUUCUGAAAAAUUGAUGACCAUACAUCCUGCAAUUUUGCUGUUUUAUAAAUUCAGUCUGAUUGUUAUUAUUUUAAUCCAAAGCAUUGUAUUUUUAUUCAAUCAUCUCUGAGUGCAUCUGUCACAACUUUUUUAUCAUAAAUUGGAAGACGGAAUUUGGUUGAAAGUCAAGCUUGUAUAGGCUGAAGAUUUUGUAACUAGUUGUUUGAAAAUAUCUGAAAUGUGCUUUUUUGUACAAAAAAUAAAAUGAGAAAGUUAAAUUA